AUGUGGGACGCGUCAGAAAGAACGCUGUAUUCCAUGAUAGCGUUUCUGUUUAUAGAAACGCUGCUAGAACUGUACCUAACGAUGCGUCAGAUACGCGUUUACAAACAAAGUAAGACUGUGCCGAAAGAGCUAAAACAUGUAAUGAAUGACGUCACAUUCGAGAAAGCUCGCGUUUACGGAUUAGAUAAGGCUUACUAUGAUAUCUUCAAGAUGAUUUUGUGCGAUAUAGUGAUACUGCAGCUAGAGCUGUACUUUGGAUUCAUGGCCAUCGUAUGGACACGUUCGGUUGAGAUCUCCACUAACAUAGGGCUUAAUCCAAAAAGCGAAAUUCAUGUGGGAUGCCUCUUCGCUCUACUACUCAACGCAAUAGGGGUGCUAAAGGAUAUGCCCUUUAAAAUUUAUGGAACCUUUGUGCUUGAGGAAAAACACGGCUUCAACAAGCAAACUGCCGGAUUCUUCGUGAAGGAUCAAAUCAAAGCUUUUCUAGUUUCCCAAACAUUGACCAUUCCAAUUGCAGCAGUUUUUAUUUACAUCGUUCAAAUUGGUGGACAAUUAUUCUUCGUUUGGCUGUGGGCAUUUGUAGCUGUCGUUACUCUGGUCCUCAUUACCAUUUAUCCAGUAUACAUCGCUCCCAUAUUUGACAAAUUCCGUCCAUUGGAGGAUGGAGAAUUGAAACAAAGCAUACACGCGCUGGCAGACAGCGUGAAGUUUCCGCUGGGGCAGUUAUUCGUCGUCGAAGGCUCGAAACGUUCUGCGCACAGCAAUGCUUACUUCACCGGACUGUUUGGAGUAAAACGAAUCGUGCUGUUUGAUACGCUGCUGGUCAACAAAGGCCUCCCGGAAGACGAUCCGUCGUUGACGGAAAGCGAUAAGGGCAAAGGAUGCAAGAACGAGGAAGUAUUGGCGGUCCUUGCACAUGAACUUGGCCACUGGAAAUUGGGACACGUUUCCAAAAAUAUUGUAAUUGUCCAGGUGCAAAUGUUUCUAAUUUUUCUCGCCUUCUCACAACUUUUCACCUACGGUCCGCUGUAUGAAGCAAUCGGUCUACCUGUCGGCGAGAAACCCAUCCUGAUCGGUUUCAUUGUUAUCAUGAUGUAUGUUUUGGCGCCGUACAAUACAAUGAUUUCAUUCGCUAUGACGGUUAUAUCUAGAAAAUUUGAAUAUCAAGCUGAUGCUUUCGCUCAAGAGCUUGGAUAUGCCAAAGAUUUGGGAAACGCGCUUGUCAAACUGCAAUUGGACAAUCUGGGAUUUCCUGUGUAUGAUUGGAUGUACUCCGCAUGGAAUCAUUCCCAUCCAACCGUGCUUCAGCGUCUUGAUAGGCUCAAAUCAUACACCCAAGGAAAAGAACAACCCCACAAGCCCAAAUCCCAAUAA